AUACAUUUAAGUCAAUAUGUGUUAAGAUUUUAAGUUAUUGGUUAUUAGAAUUGUUCGUAAAGUGGUAACAUUUUAUACUUAUUAACAAACACUUUAAAAUUUAUAAAAUGGUUAAACCAAUUUAUUGCAAUUUACUUUUAAUAUUUUCGUGCUUAAUAUAUGAAGCGUAUGCAGUAAAUCAUCGUACAGUUAGGCAUAUAAGAUUGCCUUCGCGUGUUAUUUCUAACAAUAUUCGUCCAUAUGAUGAAUCGUCGUCGCCAACAACGAUAAAUGAUGCAGGAGACAAUACAGCAACACUAGAACCAGCAGCCCAACCAUCGUCACCACGUCUUUUAAAGCAAUCAUAUAGUUCGAACAAUGGUUUAGGAUAUAAUAGAAAUCGUGGAUUAGUUCAAGAUAAUAAAUCUUCUAACUAUUUUGGUCCAUAUGAUUUAUCAUCGUCAUCAAAUACAGCAAAUGUAGCAGGAGAAGAUUCAGAAGAACAAUCAUCGCCAUCACGUCUUUUAAAGAAAUCAUUUAGUUCAAACGAUGCUUUAGAAUUUGACGGAAAUCGUAGAUCAAUUCAUGAUAUGAUCUCUAGCUUUUCAAAUAAAAAACCUCUAAGUGACCUAGACAAUAGGAAUAAUAGUAACGAUCAAAUUGAUACGACAUUAGAUUAUCCAAGCAUUCAAAAUAAAAAAAAUAGAAUGAAUUUUGAAGUCCUAAACAAUAGACCUCUAAGCAGUCUAAACAGUAGAAACAUGCAAAAUGGCAAUACUUCAGAAAAUCAAGGCAUCGGAAAAAGACAAAAUAAGAUUUCAGAUAUUCAAGAUUUUCCAAGUAUAGGAAAAACAAUAAACACUCCUUCAGUUAGGCGAUUAGGAAGUACACGACAAAAUUCUUUGCCUCCUUCUUUGAAUGAAGAUGAUAGUCAAGGAAUCAGUGAUGGUAAUGAGAACUCUAAUAUAAUGAAUAUGAUGAACACAUUUAAUAAUCGUGGACAUAAAAUUGUUAGUAUUUCAUUAAGACAAUGUUGUAUUAAUAAUGAAUGUCGUAUGUUAAAAGAAGGAGAACAAUGUGGUAUUGAAGAUUAUUUGAAAGAUAUGAAAAAUACAAAACAGCAAAAUGGAAACGAUAACAUUAUCAUGACAAAAUUAAUGAGAGGAAAAUUAAUGCCUUUUAGGCUAAACUCGUUAAAUAGGUUUGGGGAUAGUUUCAACAAAGAUUACGAAGAAACAGAAAAACCAAAAAAUUCGAUGUUUGGAACUUCCAGAAAUGGAGACAAUGAUUUUAUAAUGCCUAAAUUAAAGGAUGGAAAAUUAAAGCCUCUUAGGCUAAGCUCGCUCAAUAGGUUUGGGCAUAGUUUCAAUGAAGAUAGCGAUACUCAAGAAACAGAUACCCCCAAAAAUAUGAGAUUGGGUUCAAUGGGAUACUCGACAAACAUUCCUUCUUUUGGUUCAAGUAAUUAUAUGCCGGAUAUGAAUUCAGAAAUAAUAAAACCUAAUUAUCCGUACUCAGAACCUAUUGGUGUAAGCAAAGACGAAGCUAAUGAAAUUCGAAAUGAUGUCCUUCAAAAAUCUAAUUUUUAUAGAAAUAAAUUUGAUCUUGAGCCAUUUACUUUGGAUGAUCAGUUGAACAAUUGCGCUCAAAACUGGGCUAAUUAUAUGGCGAAACAACAAUUCUUUGAUCAUAGACCGAAAAAUGUUUAUGGAGAAAAUCUGUACGGAAAUAAAAAUUUGAAAGAUUUAGGCGAAACAGCGGUCGAUUCAUGGUAUAAUGAAAUGUCUCUUUUUACCAUCGAUAACGUAGAAAAUUUUGAUACAUUCCACAUGACACAAUUAUUAUGGAAAGAAUCAACUAAAUUGGGUGUUGGUGUUUCACAAAACCCUGAAAAUGGCAUGUACUACGUUGUGGCUAAUUAUGAUCCCAGAGGAAAUUUAUUAGGAAAUUUCAAAAAAAAUUUACCUGAAAUAACAGAAGAGGACAUUGAAGAAGCAAAAGAAGCAGAUAAAAGACUAAAAGCAAAAUUGGAGAAGCCUGUAGUAAUGAGUUGGUCUUCUGGUUCAUCAAAUCCUUUCGGAUCAGGAUGGCGUAAUUAUGGGUCAGAUACCAAUGAGAAUUAUUAAACAUCUAUAAAUGACUGAGACUUAGUAGAAGAGUUGUUGCCAGUAUUCUACAUACUAUAAUAAUGAAAAAAAAAUGAUGUAAUAUCAAUUUAAGUGCGUUUAAUUAAAAUUGUAGAUUUUACAAAUAAUAAAAUUAUACCUAAUUUAUUAUUAAACAAUAAAACUGUAAGUUGAAUUUUCA